GCGAGCUGUUGUGAAGACGUGAGGCUGCACAUCAGUCAGGCUCCUUGUGGACAGUAGACAUUAACAGGGGCUUGACUGUCUGGCAAUUUGCGAAAAUCGAAGAGACGUCUGAUUCCCGUAAGAGCUAUGGACUGGGUGAAGUUCCUGAACCAAUCCACGGAUACCUCACCUACCCCUUCUUCAUCCCCAGCCAUGCCUGACACCUCUUCCUCCUCUUGCUGCAACUCCUCCAGACCCCUCUUCUCCACCUCCCUGUUCUCACCUCCUAUCUUUUCCGGCCUGGACUUCCUGUUCAACCUGAAGCUCCUCUUCAUCCCGCUCUACUCUGCUGUGGUCCUGAUCGCCUUUACCGGCAACCUCCUCCUUCUAUUCCUCAUGUGGCACAACAAGAAAAGGCACAACACCACAAACUUCCUAAUCAGCAACCUGGCCUUCGUGGACCUGGUCAUGUGCAUCUUCUGUGUCCCUUUGACGGCAUCCUAUGCUUUUGACAAGCGUGGAUGGGUAUUUGGACCGUGCAUGUGUCAUUUUGUUACCAUCAUGCAGUCUGUAGCAGUCUACGCAGCGGUCUUGUCCCUCAUGGCCAUUGCAGUCGAUAGAUACGUUGUUGUGGCUUACCCCAUUCGCAGAAGAGCAGGUGGCCUGUUCUGCUGGGGUCUGGUGGUCCUAAUCUGGCUGUCCUCUCUGGCUUUAUCAAUACCUACAGCGCUGCACGUCGUCUACCUGGACCUGCGGGCUGCAGGCCUGCAGAUGGCCGUGUGUGAGGAAUUCUGGGAUGGCCAGGAGAGAGGUCGCCUUAUCUACUCCUGUUUCAGUCUCUUCUUCUCCUACUUUGUCCCACUGGCUGCUGUUUCUACUUCUUACUGUGCCAUAUCCUAUCAGCUUAAGCGGAGGACCACAUCUAGCUUGACAGCAUGUCCCGAGCUGAGAUCUGCGCGGGCAGCAUGGAGUAAACGUCGAAGGAAGACCUUCUGCCUGCUGCUGGUGUCCGUCCUCUGUUUCGCCUUUUCAUGGCUCCCAUUACAGGUGGUGAAUCUGAUCCGUGACCUGGACACAGACUUCUCCAUUUUGGGGAAGAACUACGUAAACGUCAUCCAGGUGUCGAGUCACCUGUUUGCCAUGAGCUCCGCCUGCUACAAUCCUUUUAUUUACGCCUCACUACACGACAAGUUCCUGUCGUACCUGUGUAGCCACUUCCUUUUCUGGAGGAGGGGUUAUGGAAAUGAGCAGGGUCAAGGGUCGAGCAUCCUGAAAAUGUCUAAAGUUCCACGUCUUCACACCUCCACCAUUGUGGCAGAUUUACCAUGUGCAAGUAACAUUGUUCCUCAAGACAACUACGCUUAAGAAUCUACUUCACUUGAAAUUUAAUAUGAAUGUGGCCAAUCGUCUUUUCGACAGAUAAGUGGAGGGAAAAGAUCAUUUAUCUAAAGUGAAAUUCUGAAAAGCACACGUGGAGUUGCAAAUCCUCACAUGUGGCUCUCUCUGAGGCGUCUAUGUUAAAUUAUUGUACAUAUUCAUAUUCUUUCCAUUUGUAAUUCCCUGUGUCAACUGUCUGUAUAUAAAAUGUGCCCUUUUUAUGUACUGUUUACUCCAAUUUCCUUACACUUUUACUGACAGAGUAUUUAGUUAAUUGUUCAUCAUGUCUAAUAUAAGAUCUAUCUUGUUGCAUUCCACUUCAUAUACGAAUUCAUAAUAAUAAUUUGAAUUCACUUUACCAAUAAGGGUGCACGGAUUAAAAUGUGUUUCUGUUUUUCAUUUUGGCAUUUGCUUAUGAAAUGAUAUCUUUCUGCUGCAGCUGUGACAUUCGAUAAAACAAUACAAGUCUGCAGAGUUGUGUGUCAAAUGUCAACCAAUCAUAAUCAUCAAAACCCAUCAUCUGUACUAUUUAAUAUGUAAAAAUGGAGUGAAUAAACCUGAG